UCCCUCCCUUUUGUCUCUCGAAACCCUAGGUUUUCUUCUCCUCAUUCUCUUCUCUCUGCUUUCAAUCCUAUUGAUUUUCUAUUUUUAGGAAGUUUGCGAUCUUCUUUGUCCCAAUUCUCGACUCUCGUUCACUGCAGAAACCCUAGCCCGGGUCUCCACUUUAUAAUUACCGUUUUUUCUUGCAGAAUUGAUUUUUCCGAACUCCGACAUCUUUUGGAUAUACCACUUUUUAAGGAUAGUGUCUGUGCGCUGCUUGAGCAAUGAUGGGUGAAGUGAGGCAGAACGACGCCUACGAGGAGGAGCUUCUUGACUAUGACGAUGAAGAAGAGAAGGCUACUGUUUCGCUUGGGGCGAAAAUCAACGGCGAAUCAGGAAAGAAGGGUUAUGUUGGAAUACACAGCUCCGGAUUUAGAGAUUUUCUGUUGAAACCAGAGCUUCUACGGGCCAUAGUUGAUUCUGGAUUUGAGCACCCCUCCGAAGUACAACAUGAGUGCAUACCUCAAGCCAUUUUGGGAAUGGACGUCAUUUGUCAAGCGAAGUCUGGAAUGGGAAAAACUGCAGUUUUUGUUCUCUCAACCCUUCAACAAAUUGAGCCCGUUUCUGGUCAGGUUGCUGCACUUGUCCUGUGUCAUACUAGAGAACUGGCUUACCAGAUAUGUCACGAGUUUGAGAGAUUCAGCACGUACUUGAUUGACAUCAAAGUUGCUGUAUUUUAUGGUGGCGUUCACAUUGGAAAGCACAAGGACAUACUGAAAAAUGAAUGUCCUCAUAUAGUUGUUGGAACACCAGGAAGAAUUCUGGCACUUGCUAGAGAUAAGGACCUUUCUCUAAGGAAUGUGAGGCAUUUCAUCCUUGAUGAAUGUGACAAGAUGCUAGAGUCACUUGACAUGCGGAGAGAUGUACAGGAGAUCUUCAAAAUGACUCCACAUGAUAAACAAGUCAUGAUGUUUUCAGCCACGCUAAGCAAGGAGAUACGCCCUGUUUGCAAGAAAUUCAUGCAAGAUCCUAUGGAAAUUUAUGUGGAUGAUGAAGCAAAACUAACCCUGCAUGGGUUAGUUUCAGGUAUGAAACACUACAUCAAACUCAGCGAAUUGGAGAAGAACCGUAAAUUGAAUGAUCUUCUGGAUGCUUUGGAUUUCAAUCAGGUUGUAAUUUUUGUCAAGAGUGUCAGCAGAGCAGCAGAGCUGAACAAAUUGCUUCUCGAGUGCAACUUCCCAUCUAUCUGCAUUCAUUCUGGAAUGUCACAGGAAGAAAGAUUAACAAGGUACAAGGGAUUCAAGGAAGGGCAUAAAAGGAUUCUUGUUGCUACCGAUUUGGUUGGGAGGGGAAUCGACAUCGAGCGUGUAAACAUCGUGAUCAACUAUGAUAUGCCUGAUUCUGCCGACACUUACUUGCACCGGGUUGGUAGAGCUGGCAGAUUUGGCACCAAGGGUCUGGCUAUCACCUUCGUCUCCUCAGCAUCUGAUUCAGACGUUCUUAAUCAGGUUCAAGCAAGAUUUGAAGUUGAUAUCAAGGAAUUGCCAGAGCAAAUUGAGAGCAAAUUGAUACUUUCCACAUACAUGCCGUCGUAAGGCAGAGGUCCGCGAUGAAGAAGAUCUAUGAAGUUGAAGAUGUGAAUUGAAUGAUAUGUUUUUUUAUGAUUUAUAUCUCUAGGAGAGUCAUGGCAGACUUGCUGAAAGUUAGAUGUUUUGGAUCAUGUGCCUGCUAUCAACUACUAUCUAAGACAUGUUUUAAUAUAGGUUUAUGUUUUGACAAUGAUUUUUAUUGUCUUCAGUUGGGAUUAUUAUAUUUGUCUUUAAAUUAUUUAAGUUUC